AUGGAGGCGCCGUUUGUCUACCUCCGCCCCACCGUCGAGGACGACGGCACCGGGUCGGUCGGCACGAGGAAGAAGAGUGAAGGUUGGGAAGAGAUUGGAGGGGAGGAGGACCGAGGAGACUACUGUUGCAUCUCGCGGCAUGUGAAGGCCAUUUGGAGGUUUGCAGGUGCGACUCCAUUUUUGUUGUUUGCUCAGUCUGGUCAUGUUUCUACUGUCAAGUAUUUUCUUGAUCAUGGUGGUGAUCUCGUGAAAGGAGAUAACAAAGGACAGACAGUUCUCCACCAUGCUAUGUGUAUAGGAUGCUGCAAUGUGACAGAGUUCCUCCUGUCAAAAGGACUGCCUGUUGACAUAGACCGUGGCCAUGGAACACCACUCUACAUGGCUGCUUUAAAUGAGCAGGAUAAGACAGUGAAGAUUUUGUUGGACCACCACGGAAAUCCUAACAUCAUUAUCAACGGUGCUAACAGUCUCCUUAUGAGUGCUCUUGUUUACCGUUCAUUGAAGUGCAUGAAGCUACUCAUUAAGGUGACGACCAUUGUGGUCCUUUGCAAGAGUUACAGUGAGUUGGGUAGGUUGCCAGUAGAGCUUGCUGCGAUAUGUGAUUACAUGGAAGAGGUUGAAAUGUUGUUUCCUGUGACUUCUCCAAUUCCAAAUGUCCCAAACUGGAGUAUUGAAGGAGUAAUUUCUCAUGCAAAGAUUGAAGAAAAGAAGUCAAUUGAGCAACGACACCUUGAAAGAAGAAAAAGUUUGUUCAAGUCACAUGCUGAUAAGGCAUUCAAGCAGAAGGACUAUAAGAUGGCAACAAAGUUUAUUGACAUGGCAAUAGAGCAUACAGAGAGUGUAACACUGUAUGCAAACAGGAGUCUUUGCAAACUGCUCAUGGAUGAUGGUGAAGGUGCUUUGUCAGAUGCUCUCAUGUGCAGAAUGCUGCGACCUGAUUGGGCAAAAGCUUGCUACCGUCAAGGUGCAGCUCACAUGCUACUCAAGGAGUAUAAACAAGCCUGUGAUGCUCUCUUGGACGCACAAAAUUUGGAUCCUGGGAAUGCCAAAAUUGAGGGUGAACUACGAUAA